UUUGAAAAUCAAAAAGUUUUUUAGGUUAAAAAAUGUUUUUCCUGAUAUUUUUGAAAAAAAUCCAAGAAUUUAGUUGUAGAAGGAGAUACGCAUAGCAAUUAUUUAACAAGAACUAGCUAGUAUAAAAUUAGGAUAAAUGAGAAAAGUAGGGAGAAUAUCAUAAUUACAUAACCUUGCAAUCAUUUAAGAUUUAGAAUGAGCACCACUACUACACUGGGAAGAUACAUAGAUACUUGCGCUUUUAACUGGCGAGAAUUCUUUUGUGGAUGGGGUGCUGCCGUUAUAAAUGUAUCGGUUACCUAUCCUCUUAGUAAGCUAAUUUUCAGGCAGAUGCUGCAUGGAAUCCAGUUACAAAAUGCCUUUGGUCAAAUGAAACGAGAGGGUGUCUACUACCUUUAUCGUGGAAUUCUGCCCCCACUAUGCCAGAAAUCCAUAUCGCUUUCCAUAAUGUUUGGGGUGUAUGAAGAAGUCCGCCAACCUUUAGUUCAAUUAAAUUGGGAUCCUUAUGUUGCAAAAGUUAUAGGAGGAAUGGUAUCAGGCACUACAGAAAGUAUUUUAGUACCUUUUGAAAGAGUUCAAACUUUACUAGCUAAUUCACAUUAUCAUGACCAGUUUAGAAAUACAGUACAUGCAUUUAAAGUGCUAAGAUCCUAUGGAUAUCAAGAAUAUUAUCGUGGUUUAGUUCCAAUAUUACUGAGAAAUGGACCUUCAAAUGCAUGCUUUUUUAUGCUAAGAGAAGAACUGCAGGACAGAAUUAAUGUUAUAAAUAAUGACUUACUUAAAACAAGUGCAGAAUUUUUAGGAGGUGCUUUAAUAGGUGUGUUUCUAUCGACAAUAUUUUAUCCAUUAAAUGUUGUAAAAAUUGCCACCCAAAAUAAAAUUGGGGGAAAAUUUUAUAGUCCUUUAGAAGUAUUAGUUCAAGUGUAUAGACAAAGGGGUGGGAAAAUCAGGUAUCUUUAUCAUGGUGUCCAAAUGAACUGCACUAAAGCAUUUGUCAGCUGGGGAGUAAUGAAUGCAGCAUAUGAACAUCUAAAAGAACUGGUGUAUUAAAGGCAAUUGUGUGGAUAUGUGUAAUUUUUUCUGUUAAAGAUAUAUUUUUGUUACAUUAUUUAUAAGAGCAAAUAUUUUCACUUGGAAAUUAAAAUUUUCAGUUACUUCUGACUAAACUUGUUGAGGUAUUUUACAGUUGCAGUGAAGUGGUGUAAUACUUGUUCUGUUAAUAAUACGUAAAAAACAUUGACUUGAUUUUCAAUUGUAGUUAGGUUAUUGCCAAUUUUUGCUGUGAUUUGAAUAUUUCUUUUUAACUUAAUUUCAUGUUAAAUUAUUGUAAUUUUUGAUUGAAAUUCAAUAAACUGUUUUAAUAUGU